UUGACGCCGAACGUAUCAUCCACCACACCACACUCCCGUCGCCGAUGCUGCCAUACGCGACGGCGCCGGAGGCGGAGGCGGCGCUGGGCCGCGCCAUGACGCGCGCCGAGGCGGCCUGGCUCCGCUACUCCGCGUCCAUGCCCGACCACCUGCUCUACUGCCACAACGUCGCCAUCCUCCUCCUCCUCUACACCCUCGCGCCGCUCCCCCUCGCGCUGCUCGAGCUCCGCGCCCGCGCCGCUCCGGACGGCGUCGCCGCCGCCGUGAUGAGGCCGUCCACGUACAAGCUGCAGCCGCGGGCGCACCUCCCCCCCGCUGCGUUCGUGCGCUGCUACCUGGACACCGGCCGCGUCUUGCUCCUCACCGUCGGCGCGCUCAGCCUUGUCUCCUACCCGGCCGUCAAGAUGGUCGGCAUCCGCACGGGGCUGCCGCUGCCGUCGGCCGGGGAGGUGGCGGCGCAGAUGCUGGUCUACCUGCUGGUGGAGGACUACCUCGGCUACUGGAUCCACAGGCUGCUGCACACCAGGUGGGGCUACGACAACAUCCACCGCGUCCACCACGAGUUCACGGCGCCCUUCGGAUACGCCGCGCCCUACGCGCACUGGGCCGAGGUCCUCAUCCUCGGCGUCCCCGCGUUCACCGGCCCCGCCAUCGUGCCCUGCCACAUGACCACCCUCUGGCUCUGGUUCCUCCUACGCCACCUAGAGGCCAUCGACAUCCACAGCGGGUUCAACUUUCCAUUCAACCCGACAAAGCUUAUCCCAUUCUAUGGAGGGGCCGACCACCAUGACUACCAUCAUCGUGUGGGUGGUCAGAGCCAGAGCAACUUCUCUUCUGUUUUCACCUUCUGCGACCAUUUGUACGGGACGGAUAAAGGCUACCGAUACCAUAAGGCAAGCCUAGAAAAGGCUUGCUGAAAGGGAUAACGAGACUAAAUUGCAGAAACGUGUGUAGGAGCUGAUGAAGGUUGCGGCAACUGUAGCAGGGCAGAGGACCGAAGCUUGUUCGUUUGAUGGUCCUGGAGUUGACAUCCUUGUUGAUGCCUGCGCCACUAUAUAUCUGCCUUGAUUCCAUGUUUUUGUGUGUGUAAAUUCUCGAGUCUAGUUUCAUAUUCUAGUUAUUUGUUGUGUACCAUGUUGAAAUCUUUGGUUGUUGUUGCUAGUAUGGUGGUAGCAAGUUUUUCUCUCGUAGCGAGUGUUUCAAUGGCGAGCACCCGCAGUGGAUUUCCUGCCAAUGCCCCGACUCAUUGCUCUCUUUCCUUGCCUCCUCUUUUGCUGUAAUCCAAAAAAUUUAUUUUCAUUAAGCAAUUAACAGGAA